AAUUUCCAGGAGGGGAACUCGUCACAUAAUGUGUGGAUCGCUGUCUUCGUCUAGCGCGCCCCAGGCUCUGUCCUCAGCUUCUGUACAUCAACGGUAUCUGUCACAGAGUUGUCCUGCGUGCCCACCUUCCUGCACAGUUGACAGAAUCAUGGUGGCCUUCAAAGGGAUCUGGACCAAAGACUUCUGGCGAGCAGUAUCCGCAGAGUUCUUGGCCACGCUGAUUUUUGUGCUCCUUAGCGUCGGCUCGACCAUCAACUGGGCUGCGGAGAAAGAGAACCAGCCUCCGGCCGACCUGGUGCUGAUCUCGCUCUGCUUCGGCCUCAGCAUCGCCACCAUGGUCCAGUGCUUCGGCCACAUCAGCGGGGGGCACAUCAACCCGGCCGUCACGGCGGCCAUGGUGGCCACCAGGAAGCUGAGCCUGGCCAAGGCCGUGUUCUACGUGGCGGCACAGUGCUUGGGAGCUACAGCAGGGGCAGGAAUCCUCUACCUGGUCACUCCCAGCACUGUUAGAGGCAGCCUGGGAGUAACCUCGGUAAAUCCCAACCUAUCAGCGGGGCAUGCUCUUGUUGUGGAACUCUUCAUCACGUUUGAGCUGGUCUUCACUGUCUUUGCUACAUGCGACUUAAAACGGAACGACUUGAAAGGUUCAGCUGGCCUAGCCAUAGGACUUGCCGUAUGCAUUGGCCAUCUUUUUGCAGUAAGUCAUUCAUUUAAAGUCCUUGUAGACAGUAUGCCUGUUCAGUCCACAGUAAGGAGCUUGGUUCAAGAUAAGAAUGAUAUUCCCUACACUGGUGCCAGCAUGAACCCUGCACGCUCCUUUGGGCCUGUAUUAGUAACUUGGAACUGGGAAAAUCACUGGGUGUACUGGGUGGGUCCACUCCUUGGUGGGAUUCUGGCUGCGGCUCUAUACGAGUAUCUGUUCUGCCCAGACCCUGCGAUGAAGAAACGUCUCAGUGAAAUGUUUAUCAAAGACCCCUCUGGGAAAUACAAGGAAGUGGAGUGUCCUCGUGGCCAGUAUAACGGUGAGCCUGACGACCUGGUCAUCAAACCCGGCUCGUUCCUCAGCACCGUGGACAAGAAGGAGAAGGAGGCGACGUUGCGAGAGUCCCCCGGGGAGGUGCUGUCCUCCGUAUGACUACCACGUGCACUGGAGAUGGAGACCAACCUGUAGGGCAGCAGGGCUGCCAGUUACCUGUGGCCAGGCCCUAGUUACCAUCUACACAUGAAAAAACAAACAAACAAACAAACAAACUUUUGUGAUCUCAGGGAGCUUGUUUCUCUCUGGGUUCUCACCCUGUGUUUUAAUGCAGAAGACACCUUUUGUUACCCCUGCAGAAUUUAAGAAUUCUGCCCGCUCUAUUGAUUUAUUACUUGGCAUAUUUGUGCUGCAAAUUGGACACUUUCGUUUUCUAAAUUAACUCUUUCUGCAUGAUACAACAAUGAACCAUAAAUUGACAGUGACAAACCAUGAAAGGAUUCUCAUGCCAAAAAAGGAAAUUUUACAACAAAACAUGUAAAACCAUCACAUUCCAUUAAGCCGCAUAUGUCAUCAAACUUGGUGGAAAGUUUCGACCUAUUGCCUUGUUAAUCUUGGAUUAGUGUCUGGUUUCAUACAUCACAUGUCAUGACAUCAUGUUCAUUAAGCAAAUUACAAACCCCAUGGUAUGAUGGACAGUGAUAAGGUAUGCGGCCGGUCAGAAGUAGGUUGGAAGUUUCUUGACCAUCUGAGCCAGUGUGUUUACACAUUGACUUGCUCCAUUUGCAGUGCACAAAUUUGGGACUGUCUUGUUAUCCAACUGUAUCAUUAUCUUCCUCAGCAACUCCCAUAGCAACUCCCAUUGCCUUACAUUGUAGAAUACAUGGUGGUGGUGGUGGUGGUGGUUAUUAUAGGUCUUAAGAUGAAUAUGUAUAGAAAAGAUAGAUAGUGUGAAUGAAGUUAAACCCUCUAUACUGUAUUUUUCAGUGUGUGAUGCAAAGUAUGUUGCUAUAAAUGUAUGUGUAUUUUUUUAUUAUUAUUUAUGUGAUGACAUAAGCUGUGACAAACUCAACCUCAUUGAUCUUUGAACUUAACAAAUUGCUUAUUUUUUCAAUGCAUGGAUUGCAGC